AUGGCGGGAUUCGUGCGGGAGCUGGAGCGGCGGGGCGGGCCGGCCCUGCGGCUGGAGCAGCGGGCGGCGGGCGGCGUGGGCUGCGUGGUGUGGGACGCCGCGCUGGUGCUCGCCAAGUUCCUGGAGACCGGCGCCUGCCCGCUCGCCCGCCGCCACGUCCUGGAGCUGGGCGCCGGCACCGGCGCCGUGGGCAUCAUGGCGGCCACGCUGGGGGCAAACGUGACGGUCACCGACCUCGAGGAGCUGCAGGAGCUGUUGAUGGUUAAUAUAGAGAACAACAAACACCUGGUCACGGGGUCAGUCCGAGCCAAGGUACUGAAAUGGGGUGAAGAUGUAACAGAAUUUCAGCCUCCCCCGGAUUACAUACUGAUGGCUGACUGCAUUUACUAUGAGGAGUCGUUAGAGCCGUUACUGAAGACGCUGAAGGACCUUACUGGCCCUGACACGUGUGUCCUGUGCUGUUAUGAACAGAGGACUAUGGGAAAGAAUCCUGAAAUCGAGAGAAAGUACUUUGAGCUCCUUCAGAUGGACUUUGAGCUGGAGGAAAUCCCUCUGGACAAGCACGAUGAGGAGUAUCGCAGUGAGGACAUUCAUAUCGUCAACAUCCACAGGAGACCAACGAGUUUUCCAGCGUGAGAUCUUUGACCACAGCAUCUGUCCUCUGGCAGCUUGGUAGAGCUCUGGAGAAGAGGGAGAGGAUAUAGAAUAACACCACAAAGGGACUGUCUCCAGUGUGGUUUGUGACUCAGCUACAGAAAAUGGCUUCUGGGUGGUGGACUUGGCAUGAGGCCCCGGGAGAAGUGGGCUCCUUGGACUGGAUCCUCGUGGCACUGACCGAGAGGGCAGAUGUGGGGAGUGUUGGAGUUGCCUCUGCUGGGCAGAGCCACGGUCACCGUGCCCUGUGGUGCUCACGGCAGCUCCUGGGCACCACGCUGUGAGGAGGCAGCUCUGCGAGCAGCCACAACCCCAUGGCCCAGGAAGCCAGUCAAUAAAAGCUUUGUACCUGAGCUGGGUCUCAGAUGGUGGGGUGGUUUGUUUUAUUUCAGC